UCAAUCACGAAAGAUUAUCCUAAGUAUGAUGGUUACGUUGACUUUUCUUAUUGUAGGACUUCUAAAUCAUCAGUGGCUUAAACAAACAGAGUUUCCUCAGAAAUCCAGAAAGUUAUGUGCUUUAAUUGCAGAAUAUGGUUCGAGGUUUUAUAAUUAUCAGGCCAGACUUCGUAUGCCCAAAGAGCAACUGGAACUUUUAAAGAAGGAACACCAGACUCUGGAAAACAAUUUUCGUGAAAUUCUAUUUUUAAAUGAACAGAUAGAUGUUCUGAAGGCAUUACUCAGCGAUAUGAAGGCUGGUGUGUAUAAUUACAGCUGGAAUGCCCACGAAUACCCUGCCCAGGAUCAGGACAACACGGAGGAAAUGUCAAACUUGGUCAAUUAUGUCCUUAAAAGGUGGAGAGAGGACCAAGUCCAGAUGGCUGAUUAUGCCCUGAAGUCAGCCGGAGCCUCCAUUAUUGAAGCUGAGACCUCGGAAAGUUACAAAAAUACUAAGGCAAAACUAUACUGGCAUGGGAUAGGAUUACUAAAUUAUGAAAUGCCUCCAGAUAUUAUCCUUCAGCCAGAUGUCUAUCCUGGAAAGUGCUGGGCCUUUCCAGGUUCACAGGGUCACACACUAAUCAAACUUGCCAAGAAGAUCAUCCCAACUGCUGUUACUAUGGAGCACAUCUCAGAGAAGGUGUCUCCCUCAGGAAACAUUUCUAGUGCACCCAGGGAAUUUUCCGUCUAUGGUAUCAUGAAAAAAUGUGAAGAAGAAAUUUUCCUGGGUCAGUUUAUAUAUAACAAAACAGGAAGCACCGUUCAAACAUUUGUACUUCAGAGUCCACGGCACCCCAGGUGGUCACACCUAGAAGAGCUGGUGCAGAAGGCUGUGACCACAUGUCCAGAAUAUUCAAGGACCUUUAUUCCCUUAGAUGAUACCACACCCAUAGGAAUUGAGAAUUGGAAGUGGGAAGAAAAGCUCAAAGUGGUUCAUACUUGUCUGUAAAAAGUGAAUUUUACUAAUAAAAAAAAUGAAAGUA